CGACGACAUGAGUUCCUUACGCGGAAUACGAUAGAGCCUCGGCGGUGCUAGUUGUUGUUCGCGUUCUGUUCUUUGCCUCUGCUUUCGCGUUCUCUCGUUUGCUUAGCCUAUGCGUCGUUAAUCUUAUUUUCUUCAUUCUACCCAGAAUGCGACUGCUGUUUCCCCGUUGAUAUUGCGCGCCGUGACCACGCCAUUGUACAUACCUGUCGACUUCCGCGGACCCCAGCUUCACAUACGAGUCCUCCGCUCCCUCGACGCCCACCGGGGCGUACAGCGCCGCGAUGGCCAUUUUCUCCCAAACAUGGACGCUCACGAAGAAGACGCUCUUGGUCGUCUUCGUGCGGCACUGGUUCUUCACCAGUAUCCGCGCAUUCUGGGCGCCUAUCAUAUUCAUGUUCUUCAUCACAUACGCGAAGAACUUCUUCGUCCCUCCAUCCGAGUUCGGAAUCGGCUCCUCGACUCCCAUCCGAAGCUUCGAAAACGCACUCGCCGCCGCCACCGGUAACCGUGACACCGUCGUCUUCGUGAACAAUGGGCAUACUGGUGGGGACAUUGAGAGGGUGAUUGACAAUUUGUCGGACACGGUCAGGGGCGCUGGAAAGAUUCCCAUCAUUACCGAGCAGGAUGUUGAUCUCUUGACCCUGUGCAGGAGCUCCUUGCGAGGUGCAAGUACAUGCUACGGCGCGAUCAGCUUCCAUUCGUCGCCCUCGGAGGGAAACGGUGCAGGCUGGAACUAUACUAUGCGUGCCGAUGGUACAUUCGGGAUACGGAUAUAUGUCAAUGAGGAAGACAAUGACGUCCAGAUAUACGUUCUGCCGUUUCAGAGCGCCGUGGACCGCGCCAUUGCCUCUUUGAAUGGCACCACGUUGCCCGACACGAUCGAUGAAUAUCCGUUCACGAGCAAGACACAAGAAGAGCGUGAGGAGAGCAUUAGGACAUCGUACAUGGGUGCUUUGAUCGAUAUUAUGGCUGUUGCAUUGUACAUAGGAGUGUGCGGUGUCACUUACCAACUCACAGGGCAGAUGGCAUCUGAACGUGAGGGUGGCAUUUCGCAACUUGUGGAAGCCAUGUCUCCUGCGAAAAAGCCAUGGCAAACCCAGGCCGCGCGCCUUCUCUCCAACCACAUCGCGUUCGACAUCAUUUACCUCCCUGGCUGGAUCAUCAUGGGUAUUAUUAUAAGACAACUUGCAUUCGUGCACGCAAAUGUCGGCAUCCUGAUCAUAUACCACAUUAUUGUAGGCGGCGCCUUGACUAGUUUUUCCAUCUUCGGCGCGAGCUUCUUCAAGAAGGCGCAGCUGUCCGGCAUCACUAUGGUCAUCAUUCCUAUCAUCCUGGCCAUCAUUGCGCAAGUUGCUGGACCUUACAACACAGGCGCAGUCGCCGUGCUGAGUCUGUUGUUUCCUAGCAUGAACUACGUAUGGUUCAUCACAUGUAUUGCCCGCUGGGAGCGCACCCUGCAGCCCGCCAACCUGGUGAAGUCCCCGCCAGUCUACAACGACAUCACAUGGACUUUACCCGGAAUUGCCUUCUGGAUCUUCUGCAUCGUGCAAAUCUUCGCGUACCCUGUCUUGGGCGCACUAGUGGAACGCUGGUUGUAUGGUACCGUCUCCAAAGAGCGGAAAACGACGACCUCCGCCCCUGAGCAUGCUAUUAUCCUGUCAUCUUUUUCGAAACACUGGACACCAAGCUGGUUCCGCACCAACGUGCUUGCUAAGGUCGGCAUCAAGCCGCCUGAGACGAUUCGUGCAGUGAACGACUUCAGCAUCAAGGCUCGCCGCGGCCAGAUCAUGGUGCUGCUUGGAGCAAACGGCAGCGGCAAAUCUACAACCCUGGAUGCCAUCUCUGGCCUGAACACCAUCACGAGCGGCUCAAUUGAGAUUGACGGCACCGGAGGUCUUGGGCUCUGCCCGCAAAAGAACGUCAUGUGGGACGAGCUAACCGUCUUCGAACACGUGCAGAUUUUCAACAGACUGAAGUCGGCAGGCACCACGGACAACAAGGAAACGAUCAAGAACCUUAUCAAGGCAUGUGAUCUUGGCCACAAGAUGAAGGCACAGUCUAAGACUCUGUCCGGUGGACAGAAGAGGAAGCUUCAGCUCGCCAUGAUGUUCACAGGAGGCAGUAGGGUUUGUUGUGUUGACGAGGUGUCCUCGGGCCUAGAUCCUCUUUCCCGACGCAAGAUAUGGGAAAUACUUCUCGCUGAGCGCGGCGACCGAACCUUUCUCCUUACAACACACUUCUUGGACGAGGCUGACGUUCUCGCUGACUACAUUGCCAUCCUCUCACGCGGCAACCUCAAAACAAAGGGCACCUCCGUCCAGCUGAAGCACAAUAUUGGUGCAGGAUACCACGUCACCUGUCCCAAGGAUGUCUCCAUCACUCCUCUUGAUGGCGUUCGCAAGCCUGCGCCCUCAGAGGCCAUGGCCACGUACUGGUUCCCCAACGCUCUCGGUGCCACCAAGUUUGUCGACGACCUCCGCUCCCACGGCGUCAAGAACUACGACAUCGUCGGCCCCACCCUCGAAGACGUCUUCCUGGCUCUUGCAGAAGAAGUCAAAGAGCACAACCUCGACACAGAAGACACAGCGCCCAUUACACCGUCGCCCAAAGGUGCGGACGCUGUUUUGCAUUCCUCUGACCAGAACUCAGAGGAAGUAGAGAAGAAUCUGAAGAUGUCUAAGGGCAGGGGCACCACCUUCAUGCAGCAGACUCUCAUUCUCAUUCGGAAACGUCUCACCAUACUCCGCCGGAACUACUGGCCGUACGUCUGCGCUGUCUUGCUACCCAUCAUCGCCGCUGGCCUUGUCACACUCUUUCUCAAAGGAUACAAAGCAGUCGGAUGCAGCCCUGGCGAGUCGUCCAACAAUCCUGACGUCUUUUCCCUUGCCAAUGUGGACACUGAGAGGAGUCUGCUCAUUCCCGUUGGCCCCGCCAGCCGUGUGGAUGUCCGUACGCUUGCUGCCAUCUCAGGACUCAGUCAAUCAAACUUCCAGUCAGUCGAUACUCUCGACGACUUCAACAACUUCAUCGACACAAGGUUCCACAACGUCACUCCGGGUGGCUUCUUCAUCCAAGACAACGGGCCUCCUGUGAUGGCAUACGUGGGUAACGGCGGCACACUGACCGGUCUUGUCACUCUCAGUGCCCUCGACACGAUUCUCUCGGGGAUACCCAUCUCAACUCAGUACCAGCAGUUCGCUGUGCCUUUCUCUCCAGGAAUGGGCAAGACACUGCAGUUAAUCCUCUACUUCGGUCUUGCUAUGAGUGUCUAUCCUGCUUUCUUCGCUCUAUAUCCCACCAUCGAGCGAUUACGCAAAGUUCGAGCAUUGCAUUACAGCAACGGCAUCAGGGCUGCACCCCUGUGGUUGGCGUAUUUGACUUUCGACUUCUUAUUUGUGCUCGUUAUAUCUGCCAUUGUCACAGCCAUCUUCGUUGGCGCUUCGUCUGUCUGGUAUUCGCCAGGCUAUCUGUUCGUAAUCUUCUUCCUUUAUGGGUUGACCUCGACACUCUUUUGCUACGUCAUCUCAAUCGCCGUCACUUCUCAGUUAGCUACGUUCGCCUUCGCUGCCGGUGCUCAAGCAUCCUGCUUCUUACUGUACUUCAUCGGAUACAUGAGCAUCCUUACGUACAGUCCAGCGUACCGGAUCGACAGCGAUCUCAAGAUCUUUCACUAUGCCUUCGCGACAGUCACGCCUUCUGGAAACAUCCUUCGAACACUACUUCUUUCAUUGAACUCAUUCUCCUUGCUUUGCCACGGAGACGAGGUUGCGAGCUAUCCCGGAGCCAUCGAUGUUUACGGAGGCCCGAUCUUGUAUCUGUCUGUUCAGGCAAUCUUGCUUUUCAUCGCCCUUGUAUGGUGGGACUCCGGCUACCGGCCGCCAAUCUUCAACCGCACCAAGUCUCGACAGAGGCAUACAGAAGACUCCACCGAGCACGUGGUACCGGCCGUGGCAGCGGAGAUCUCUCGCACCGAGCAAAGCAACGACAGUUUGCGCGUCUUGCACUUGCACAAAGAGUUCGGGCACAAUCAUGCUGUCAACGAUAUAACUUUUGGCAUCCCUCAAGGCCAAGUCUUCUCCCUCCUGGGGCCGAACGGAGCCGGAAAGUCCACGACGAUCUCGCUCAUCCGUGGUGAUGAACAUCCAACAACACACAUCAACGGCGGUGGCGACGUGCUCAUUGAGGGCAUUUCCAUCGUCUCGAAACGUGCUGCGGCACGAGGCCACCUCGGGGUGUGCCCGCAAUUCGACGCUAUGGAUUCCAUGACCGUCACAGAGCAUUUGUACUUUUAUGCCCGUGCAAGAGGUGUCCAGGAUCCCGAGUCUUCCGUCAACGCGAUUCUGACGGCGACUGGCCUGGCUCGUUUCCAAACACGUCUUGCUUCGAAGCUGUCUGGCGGCAACAAGAGGAAGCUUUCUCUCGGUAUCGCCCUCAUGGGCAACCCGUCAGUCCUACUCCUCGACGAACCAAGCAGCGGCAUGGAUGCAGCAGCCAAGCGAGUGAUGUGGCGGACCCUCCUUGGUGUCGCAGCGCCUGGUCGCGCUCUGCUGAUCACCACGCAUUCCAUGGAGGAAGCCGACAAGCUCGCCACAAGAGUCGGCAUCAUGAAGAGGAAGAUGCUCGCCCUCGGAACCGUGGCUGAGCUCGGUGACCGGUAUGGAGAUGCCUUCGUCGUUCAAUUGGUCCUGAAAUCUGCACCAUCGACAACUACAGAGGAGAUGGAUGCGGUGAAGUCAUGGGUCAGCAGUCGCAUUCCUGGCGUACAAAUGGACAAGUGGGGAACGAAAGAUGGUGGCCAUGGUCAAUUACGUUUCAAGGUCCUCAAGGCCGCUUCGUCUACCUUGGGAUCUUCCUCAUCGCUACAUGGUGUCGAAAAAGCGAACAAGACAUCGACAGAUGUGCAGGAACUAGAUCGAACGCCUUCCCUUGCCGGCAUUCCCGGGCUCAUUCAGCUUUUGGAGAACAAUCGCGCGGAGAUCGGUCUGGAAUACUACUCCGUCAGCCCCACGACGCUCGACGAAGUUUUUCUUCGUGUCGUUGGUGAAGAGGACGAGGACGACAAACCGAAGGCAAAGAGCAGUUGGAGGAAGCGACUUUUGAGAUUUUGAACGAUUCGCAUUUCAUCUAUUCCAUAGACAGUUGGGUCGAGCAGCCUCGACAUCCGACGACAUAUAUACAACAAAUACCCAUACAAUUUCCAUG